AUGUCGCGUGCGUACGUGUGUUCUACUUAUCUGCUACUUUAAGAUAUGCGUCAUUCAUUGUGGUAUGUUUCUUCUCUACAAGAGAACCCGGCUAUACCUUUUAGGGUGUUUUUUAAUGACAAUUAUUGAAUUAUUUACAAGAUUAUUAUUUAUAAGAACGUUGUGAUAUAAAAAGUUCCAAGAGCAAAUAACGUUUAUUUGCUCUUCCAUAACUUGACAAUUUUAAAUAAACUUAUAAGGAUCAAAUAGAAUAAUAAAAAUAUUGACAAAUAUGGAGUGGUUAUUUGGAAAGCGUAUAACUCCUGAAGAAAUGCUCAGGAAAAAUCAACGAGCAUUAAAUAAAGCAAUGCGUGAUCUUGACAGAGAAAGAAUGAGGAUGGAACAACAAGAAAAAAAGAUUAUAGCAGAUAUAAAAAAACUUGCAAAAGAUGGACAGAUGGAUGCUGUUAAAAUUAUGGCCAAGGAUCUUGUUAGAACUAGGCGAUAUGUCAAGAAAUUCAUGUUAAUGAAAGCGAAUAUACAAGCAGUUUCUUUGAAAAUUCAAACAUUACGUUCUCAAAAUACUAUGGCUCAAGCGAUGAAAGGUGUUACAAAAGCGAUGCAAAAUAUGAAUAAACAAUUAAAUUUACCUCAAAUACAAAAAAUUUUGCAAGAAUUUGAGAAACAAUCAGAAAUAAUGGAUAUGAAGGAAGAAAUUAUGAAUGAUGCGAUAGACGAUGCUAUGGAAGAUGAAGGAGAUGAGGAAGAAAGCGAUGCCGUCGUAUCUCAAGUACUAGAUGAGUUAGGCUUACAAUUAACAGAUCAAUUAUCCGGACUUCCUCAAGCUUCCGGUUCUUUAAGUAUAGCAGGAUCAAAACAACCGGUCGCAGCUACUGCAGGAAACGACGAUGGAAGUCUCGCAGAUGCCGAUGCAGAUCUUCAAGCAAGACUUGAAAAUCUUCGUCGCGAAUAAAAAGGGAAAGACAACUAAUAUUUAUAUAUAUAUAUAGGAUUAUUUUUAAUUAGUUAUCAAAAAAAAAUCGGAUAUAUUUGAUUCUUCUUCGAGUUGUGCUUGAAAUAAAUAUCAAAUUUGUAUUCGUUUGAAAAAAUUACACAUUUUGUAAAGCUUUUCAGUAAUUAGAUAUAUUUUGCCUAAAAACAAUCUUAUUUUUACGCGAUUAUUUGUAUAAACGUUGUGACUUUAACAUUAACUAAAGUAGUGAUAUAAUAAAAGAUAUGUUAUUUUAAA